GUUAACGCUCUGAGCCAAUCAUGGCACUGCGUUUCGACUAUGUCUAGAACGCAUUCUCUCUGUGUGGACAUUAAUGCGAAAACCUGAGCUCAUACGUCGGUAAUCACGGUUGGUAUUCUUGCUGCGAGGAAGGAAAAUCGUCGGUACUUUGGAAGAAAAGCACUGAAAGUCUGAAACGGACACAGCCAUGGACGAUUGUGGUCGGGUAUCCAAAUGUUUCGUAAUCCUGUUCAACAUCGUUAUUGCCAUUGUUGGCUUUGUGAUGUUGGCUUUGGGUUUGUGGUUGAGAUUCAGCUCACAGACACAGGGAUUCUUCGACAUUGAUCUCAACACAAAGCAGUUUGUCAUUGGAGUGACAGUGCUCAUUGCACUGGGAAUCAUCCUGCUGAUCCUGGCUGUUCUCGGACACUGUGGAGCCUGCAGUGGGAGCAAGGGUGCCCUGACAGCGUAUGCCUCCCUGCUGGGUGUUCUUGCUGGCGUGUUCAUCGCUGCCGGAGUCCUGGCCUACAUAAACAGCCAUGAGGUGGGACGGCAGCUUGCAGAGUUCUACAAGACUGUGUACCUACAGUACCUUAACAAAGGGGACCCGGGUUUGGCCGCCACCCUGAAGCUCUUCAACAAUGCGCUGGACUGCUGUGGGAUUGGGGUGCCACUGGAGGCCUUGAUCCAAGACACUUGCCCCAAGAAAGAUUUCAUUAGCCUCUUCACCACGGCUUCCUGCCCUAACGCGAUUCAAACCCUGUUCGAUACAAAUGCCCCGCUGGUUUUGGGGUGUUUCAUCGGAAUAUCAAUUGUGAUGGUUUUUACUUCCUUCUGUUCCUGCAUCCUCAGUGCAGCGAUCUCUCGCUCCCUCUCCUCUGCCUUUAAUGCAUACACACGUAUCCCCGCUAUGCCCCCUGCUCAGUACGGCUCCGUACCCUAUGGAGUGUAGAACGUACCCAAUCCCCCCCCAGUGAUCCUUAUGGAAAUUAAAUAUACUGCCAAUAGAUUGUAAAUAUGCAGAUUGUUUGAUAAUAUAAUGAUGAGUGUAUUCCACAGCUGAUUAUGACAGUAUAUUUUAUUUCAAUAUAUUGCAGUUUAUAUUUCCCUAAGGGGGUGUGGCCUGUCUCCGUUUUCUUUAACACUGCAUCCCAUCCUGUAACCAGGACGUAAUCGAGCAACUGUAACUGCUCCUCCUGCUCACCUCCUUCUCACCUCGUGCUCUGUGUUCUCAGCCUGAUCUGUGUGCUCCUGUAACCCCUCCUCUUGUUUUUGGGGAGUUUUCUUUGAAGGUAUAGAAUUUGGGCUUGGGGGUUUUUCAUUUGCGUUGACGUGACUGUGGGGGAGCGCCAUUUCUGUUCCUCUGUCUAUACUACUCUUGUUUCCUCCCCCACCCUCCCACACAGAUCUGUGCCCUGGUGUGCUGCAGCAUCUUGAACAAGCAGAUCACGAGGUUCCACCAGCCAGUUUCCACCUACUACUAACCUAACCGGCCAUGCUCUGCCAAGGGGCGGUGGCUCCAGUGCACCCUGCACAGCCAUUCAGUUCUUUUCACACCGGUGAUGCUGCUGAUGCUGCCCUGUGAUUGGAGCUCAUGCAAAGGGACCGUCUGCACAUGGCUCAGAAGAUCUCCUCCUUUAGUUGAUAGGCUUUUUUAUUGAUUGUAUGUUUCUGCGGUCAGCACGUUCUCCUGCCUGUGCGUACUGAACGUUUGUACCGCUAACGGUUCUUUUUCUAGUUAUGCUGCUUCAGCGCAAAAGGGAACAUUCCAUAUACAGCCAGCUUGUGCAUGAAUGAACCGGAGUGGUUAACCUGGCACUAUAAAUCAUGUACAUGUACAACUGGUAUAUUUUUUCAAUUAGUUUCUAACUCACACAUACGUUUGCAAUGUGCAAAUGUGUCUUUACACUGGGUAAGUGGCACAUAAUUCGCUGGCAUUUGCAGUUUUAUUAAAUCUUUUUUUGAGUGCAAACCUUCUGAGUGCAAACAAUGUUGGUAGAAGAAUUUGUUAAGUUCAGGCCCAUUUGGUUAUAUCAGAAAUAAAAACAAAUGACAGUUUGUAAAACACGGGCUGAGACCCAGAUAUUGUCAACCAUCUCUUUCAUUAAUCAAGUGCAGCUAAGUUCAGUUGAUUUUUUUUAAGUUAAGUGCCUUAGUUCUGUCUUCUCUGUCAUGAACAGCAUCAUGUGAUGGGUAUGAUACUUCAGAAAUGACAAAUGAGAGAUCUCUACUUAUGUGACCAAAAUGAUUAUAUGCUUUGAGUUAUUCAGCUGGUUUUACGUAUGACAUUGUCUUGUUUGCUCUUCAGACAUGUUUAAAUUGCUUUUUUAUAUCUUGCAUUUAUGUAUGCUGGUGUUUUUGUUACAAGAAAAUUUGGGUUGAAAGUUUUAAAAGUAAAUGUUAUCCAGACA